CUGCGAAGGAGAGGUUACCAUGUGACACAGGACGUUGUUUACUUCUUUUUUAUUGACAAGUUUUCCGUUUAUUAAUUUGUAUGUACGCUAGAACUUAAGAAAUAUGAGUCUGGUCAAAGAAAUCGAGAAGCAUCUAAAGCAGAAAAGCAAUAAUGUGGAAGCAGUCGAAGAUAUUUUGAUUCAGGAUUCUGUACUUGAUCACAGCGAAGUCCCAGACUUUAAUGAAUAUGAGGACACAACUCCUGGCGAGAUUAGAAAAAAGGCUCCAAUUGAUUUGGGUAGCGAGUACAGUGGAAAGCCCAUAUCUAGGCAGGCUUUUUCCACGAGCAAACUCCAGGCUGAUUCCGACUUUAAAAACGCACUGAAAGUAUUGCUCAGUGAUGAUGAGGAGGAUCGACAUUCCACAGAAAUAGAAGAAGAGAAUGAACAAAGUAAUCUGGAAAAUUUGGAUUUGGAAAAUGAACAAAGUGAAACUGAUUUAGACGAUCAAGUUGAUGAAGAAGAAGAUGAAAGUCAAGGUGAAGAAGAGGCUAGUCAAAAUGAAGAAGAAUCAGAAGAUAAUGAAAGUGAUGGAUAUGAUGAUGAUGUUAAUUUAGCUGAUUAUGAAAAUCAAAAGCAGCCUGUGGAAAAAGACAAAAUUGAAAUAUUCUCAGCUAAGGCAAAAGAUGUGGGAUCAGAUGUUACUAAAGGAAAUGCUAUUAGAAACCAAUUAAGCAUAUGGGAGACACUUUUAGAAUGCAGGAUAAAGAUGCAACCAUGUAUAAUCGCAGGAAAUCAACUGUAUCAAAAAGACAAAUUUGAAAAAUUUAAGUCUGAGUUGACGAAAGUUGAUGAAGCAGUCAUUGAUAAGACUUACGCUUCUCUGAGUAACAUGAUGAAAACACUUUUGGAUGUUCAGGAAUCUUUAAGUUUGGUUUCUUCAGAGUACCAGAAUUUUCUGAAAAACCAGGAGAGCUCAAAAAAUAACAUUAAUGAUAAUCACAGUGAUACUGAAAUGAAUGUUGAUGAUGAUGAUGAUGAAAGUAUAGAAUCUUCUUUAGCAUCAGGUGAAGAUCAAGAAAAGGAAAAUGAAAGUGAAAAUGUGUCGAGUGAAGACGAGGAUAUUGAAGAAGCCCCAAAAGCGAAAAAAGCUAAAGUCACAGAUUCUAAAAACUUCAUCAAGGAUACUUAUGAACAAUUUAAGCCAUUUGGAGAAUCAAGUAUACGCAAAUGGUAUGAAAGAACAAAGGUGGCCAGUGGCAAGGCAAGCAGCAGUGACUUCUCUGCGUUCGACCAAUCACCGCUCAAGCAGAUAGAGCACAUCCUGUACGAUAAGGAAAGGCUAAUAAAGAAGACACAGUUAUUGCGCUCCGACUAUGGAAUACUCGGCAAGCAGAUAGAAGUAGAAAAACCAAUCGAUGAAGUUGAAGCUUUGACAUCUAAGAGCAAAGUUCAGAAUGAAUAUGAUGAAGAAAUCUUUGACGAUAAUGACUUUUAUCACAAACUCCUUAGAGAUUUUAUCGAAAGAAAAUCUACCGAUGUCACAGAUCCACUCAAACAUGGAAGGCAAUGGCUGGAAUUACAAAAAAUGAGAAGUAAACUGAAGAGAAAAGUCGAUACAAAAGCAUCAAAAGGCCGUAAACUUAGAUAUACAGUACAUAACAAGCUAGUCAGUUUUAUGGCUCCAAUACCAAAUAACCAGUGGACUCCUGAAGCCGAAGAGAAAUUGUUCAGUUCACUGUUUGGAAAAGCUACUGUAAAAUAAUUUCUAUCUUUGUAUAUAUACUGUAUAUAUUUAAAAGAAAUAUAUAUUAUUAUUAAUUUUUUA